AUGAGUACGCAGGAGAAAUCGAAGACAAAUGUUACUAGGGCAGAAUUUGUUAACAAAAGGCAAGGUAGAAUUGGUGGGACUACUGAAGAAGAAUUUUUAGAAGGAUUAAGAUCUAGGAAGACCUCAAAUGGUGAUAAAAAGACUACCGAUCUUCCUAAUAGUAAUGAAUAUUUAGGAUCAUCCCCUUUAUUGACAUCAACACCAUCUACGAUCUCUAAAGUAUUGAUUAAUUUAUAUCCUUAUUUAAUAAUUUGGGAUAAUCUAUUGGGGGUAUUAACCUGGACAUGUGAUGACAUCUGGCCAAGUGUGUUAUUAGUACUUACUUAUUUUGGAGCCGUGCUUUAUCUAGAUACAAUUGUGAAAUAUUUUGGUCAUAUGGUUAUCAUAUCUAUAUUUAUUGGAUAUGCUAAAUUGGAUAAAUAUAUUGGUAACAUUGUAACAAGUAAGCCUACAUUAGAAAACAUUGUUGCUAUUAUGAGUAGGAUUUCAUUAAAAGCUGAUAUUUUAUUGAGUCCAUUUUCUAAUUUAAAUAUAAGAAAUGUUCAAAGGAUACUAUUGACUGCAUUAUUACUUUCACCAAUUCAUAUUCUGGUCAGUUGGUUAAUCUUACCUCCUCGCAAAUUGUUAUUAUUAAGUGGACUAUUUGCUCUUACAUAUCAUUCUUCAUGGUCAAAAGUCACAAGAAGAUUAUUAUGGAAAUUCCGUUUUGUUAGAUUAUUAAUAUUUUAUGUUACUGGGAUUGAUCUUGGUGGAAUCAAUAAGGAUAAUAAUAAGAGCCUCUUUGCAGCUGUUCAAAAACAAGUUAGUAAAUUAUCAUCGGCAGAAAAUUCUGGGAAAGGUGAUAAUAAUAGUAAUAAUAAUAAUAAACCAAUUAGAUUUACAUAUGUAUUAUAUGAAAAUCAACGUCGUUGGAUUGGGAUGGGUUGGAAUACUAAGAUGUUAAGUUAUGAGAGAACUGCUUGGACAGAUGAAUUUUUAAAUGAGGCUCCUGAACCGGAAAAUUUCGAAUUACCCAAUGAAAACUCCGAAAUGCAAUGGAGAUGGAUCGAUAAAUCCUGGAGAUUAGAUUUGACUAAUGAUGGUGCCAUUACAAUGCCUGAUGUCCAAGCAAAGACUACUGCUUCCCCUGCUUCUGAAGAUGGUUAUUUAUAUUAUGAUAAUCAAUGGAAAAAACCAUCCAUUGAAGAAACAUUUUCGAAGUAUACAAGACGUAGACGUUGGGUUAGAACAGCUGAACUAAUUAAAGUAUCUGAUAAGGAUACCCCUAAGACACCAAAUGUUCGUGAUCCUACUACUACUACUACUAAUAAUAUUACAAUUAAAAAAGUUGAGAGCAGUACAUCCACCACCGAGACUUCAAUUGACUCGCCAAUUACAAUAAAGAAAAUCGAUAGUAAUCAUAAAGAUUCUAAAAAUUAUGAUAGUGGUAGUUCUACUGAGGUAAGGAAUAGAAUGGCUGGAGCAUCAUCUGUGAAUACAUUAUUACCAGAAGAAUCAAUGGUUAAUAAUGGUAUAACAUAUAUAGAUGAUAAAUAA